AAACACAAACAAACAAUUUACCUCCAAAACAAAACUCACACGGAAUCGCAAACAGCGUUGUGCAGAUGCCGCAUUAAAUUGUGUUCCAAAAAUUGUACGAUCCCAUGAAACGUUUAAGAUAAAAAAGGGUCCAAAAACUAGAAACUGAGAGCUGUUGAGGUAUGGAGGAAGAAGUGCUACUAGCUACGGGCUGUCGUUGUUGCCUGAUGGAGGACAACGAUAUGGUGUAUGUGUUCGAUACUCUCGAUGAAUUCAACAUGAAAAUUUGCGACCUAAUAGCACGCAAUGGAGCUAUAGCGAUCUUCGAAAACGAUGCCUUUUCCAAACACAUCUGCGGCAACUGUCUCAACGAUCUAGCGAUAGCGGAGCGCUUCGCCGUACGGUGUCGGAAAACCAACGAUCUGCUAAUGAACCUUAUCAUCGCAAACGAUGCACAGAGCAACAGUAUCGUUGCUGAUUUAGCAAUAGAAAACGAAAGUCUUGCUGCCUUGAGCUGUGACAACGUAUCGUACGUGCUUGUACCACCGGAAUCAGAAUCGCACCUGUUUGAAACGGAAACCAACUUGGAUGAGGAUGAGCAAUCGGUUGAGUUGGAUGACAACGCUUCCAUCGUGAAAGAUGCAGAAGAAUUAAGUGCAGGCACAAUGGGAUUGUUACUUUGUUUGCCACAGCAGCAAGUACGAAUGAUUGCAGAGUCUAGGGGUGAAGCGGAACACGAACAGCUGCUUUAUAACGAUACCGACACAGUGACCGAUGCUGAUUCCCUGAUCGAGGAGGAAGAAAUCGAACCGAGUGAGACAUACGAGGAUCCUGAGAGUGGGGAUACGUUUGAAGUAAUCCACACGGUAGAUGAAACAAACGAUGAGCACGAUGAGGAAGGAUUCGAUGUGGCCGAGGCAAAACACGAUUUUAACUACAGCUGUGAAUACUGCGGGGCCAGUUUCGUAACCGCUAAACAUUAUGCUCGGCAUUUGCUGUCACACAGCAUCGUUGCUUGCGAGCAUUGUUUGAUGAGAUUCGAAAGCCCUCAGACACUGAAAUCGCACCAAACGCAUUGCGUUCAAAAAAAUCAUCAGUCAAAAGCUGUAUUUAGCGAUCAAAACCCUUCGACCGAUCAACGGCAGCAGAAAAAACUGUUCGUAUGUUCGUACUGCGAAAAGCGGUGGAUUUCGCAUUCCGCGCUUACCGCUCACCUCCGUACGCAUACCGGCGAGCGGCCGUUUGGCUGCAGGUACUGCCUGAAGCGCUUCAAAACACUGUCCGCCCUGGACUUGCACGAACGACGGCACUCCGGCACUAAACCGUACUCCUGUCCCGUGUGCGACAAGCGGUUCACCGAGAGCAGCAAUCUGAAGGUGCAUAUGCGGCGGCACACGAAUGAAAAAUCGCACGUGUGCACCGUCUGCAACCGUGCGUUUGCGCGCGUUUUCCUCCUACAGCUGCACAUGCGGACGCACACGGGCGAGAAGCCGUACGAGUGUGAUAUUUGUGAACGAAAGUUUUCGCAACAGUGCGACCUAACGGCUCACCGGCGCAUCCAUACGGGCGAGAGACCGUACGGCUGCCACAUCUGUGGGAAAGCUUUUACCAAAAGCAAUGCCCUUGCCCAGCAUCUAAAGGUCCACCAGAAGUACCGUUUGCCGGACACAAAGGAGGAAUACAGCACGGAGAAUGGGUCGUCGUAAGUGGUGCGGCUCUACUCAAUUCUCUCUUUAUUGGAAUAUGGCAAGUUCUGGGAUGGGAUAAAAUCUUCCAACGAGUGUCGUUGGCCGGAGCGGUUUGAAGCGAGUGAAACUUCAGUCACGAGGCGAACGAACUCGUACAGCAUCAUGACCACGAUUGUCGUGCACUCGAGAAUGACAAAGUGCGAGAUGGAAGAUCCAAUGUCCAUCCACGAGCCUUUGUUUUGGACGAGAAAGAAAAAGUUCAAACACAUCCAAUCGCACACAAGCAGUGUGAGGCUAAACAUUUUCGCCUUCUGUACCUGUUGAAUGAGACAAAAAGGAAAGAAGAAACGCACUUUACAUCAGGAAGACCACUUUUGUUCGAUCCAAACUUACCGAACAUACGAUACCGAUUGCUUUCAAGACGCAUACCAGCAAGAGCACCGGUAUGAGCAGCUUCAGCACAAUCAGCGCCAUCAUCGUGAAUGGCGCAAAGGUGGCCACGAAACACCGGACCCAGUUGGGAUCGAACGAGCUGACCGUGGCUAAAUUGCCCGUCCCAAAGAAGGAUGCUAGAAGAAAGAGCAUCUGAAACGAUACAAUAAAGCACAUCAUGAAGCGCACAGAGGCUUGCUCGAGCUCACAACGUUUGCAACAUACAAAGCCAAACGUGCGCCGUGUCUGAUCGAAGUCGAUGCUUCCCUCCGGACGGUAAGAGGAGGAAAAAAAGAAUCCAUCCAGCUGUAAAUAAAAAUCCAAUCCAGCGAAUGAAAAGCUUAGAAUGUGAA